UAUAGUAAUUUGAGUGUAGCAGAAGAAGAGUGGGAUAGCUUUUAUAGUGCUCUAAAAGAGUGCUGGCAGCGCAUACCUGCAUCACUGAUUAGGCGACUUAUCUUGAGUAUGCCGCGACGCCUCGCUGCAUGCAGACGUGCGAGGGGCUGGCAAACUAAAUAUUGA